CCACAUAAAUACUGGCUUUUGCUGGAGGCUGGCAGAACAUUCUGGAAACUGCCCCCAGAGGGAGUCACCCCAGAGACCAUCCUGAGGUGCUUGAGAACCUGAUGGCCCCAGAGGACCAAGAUGGACAGUCUGGAGGAGACAUCUCAGCAGCCAUCAGCACUCCCAAGCUAUCUUCCAGAUCAUACAGAGCAUAAGGAUGGGCAUGUGAGAAGGCCAGGGUGUUGGAUGCUGCUGCCCUCCUGCUGGCAGGUGGAGGACCACAGAGACCUUCAGUGGGUCUAUAGCAAGCAAAGGAACCACGGUCGAUAGAAAAGAGGUCCCUGUUGUUCACUCCAUGGUGGAGGUCCGGCCAAACUGCCUUCUCACAGGACAUCCCCCUGCAUCUGUGUCCUCCAGUGGAAAGGACUCUGCUCUUGUUGGCCAAUUGGAAGCCACGUGUGGGGUCAGCAGUAGUGCUCUCUGUCUGUUUCCCCGGGUUUCACUGUGGUGUGCAUGUGGCCCUGAGCUACCGCCCAUUUACAUCCUGCCAAUACAGUCUCUUCUCUGUCAGGAAUUGGUUUUACAAAUAAAUGUCUUCAUUCAACCUUAA